AUGCGGUGGUUUAUUUUCAGCGUUCAAACUUUGUCCCUGCCCCUCGGCUUGGUCGCAGUACCUACGUUCAGCGGCCGUUAUGGCCUUGGUGCCGCACCACUAGCCCAUCUCCAGAACGGCACGUACUCUGGUGUUCACUCUCCCGAGUACAACCAGGACUUUUUCCUCGGGUUGCCGUUUGCUCAGCCUCCUGUCGGCGAGCUGCGCUUCAGAAAUCCUCGUCCACUGGAUACUAGCUGGUCCGGCGUACAGCAGGCGACAGAGUACUCAGCUGAAUGUGUUGGUUACGGAUCUUCCCAGAUGGGUUACAAUGUUAGUGAAGAUUGUUUGUAUCUCAAUGUGAUACGCCCAUCAGGCCGUGAUCUUCAUGAGAAACUGCCGGUUCUUGCUUGGAUAUAUGGGGGCGGGUUUGUCCAGGGCGGAGCACCAGAUCUGAGGUACAAUAUGUCCUUCAUUGUGCAACAUUCAGUCGACAUUGGACAACCCAUUCUCGCUGUAUCCAUCAAUUAUCGUCUUAGCGCUUGGGGUUUCUUGUCAUCCAACGAGGUACUUGCCCAAGGGGAGUCCAAUUUUGGUAUACGCGAUCAGCGCUUGGCUCUACAAUGGGUUCAAGAGAACAUCGCCAGUUUCGGUGGUGAUCCUACAAAAGUCACGAUAUGGGGCCAGAGCGCAGGGGCGAUGUCGGUCGGUCUCCAUUUGACCGCCUACAAUGGGCGCGACGAUGGUUUGUUCCGAAGUGCCAUCAUGGAUAGUGGCGGUCCGGUGUUCUCGUCGGCCCAAAACAGGUCCACUGAACGCUCGUACCAAAACCUGACACAGCAAACGGGUUGCGGUAAUGCAGGAGACAAGCUUCAGUGCCUUCGAGCUCUUCCCUAUGAACAACUUAACAAUGUUGUCAACACUUCGUCACUGUCUGGUGCUUUUGGCCCUCGAAUCGACGGCGACAUAAUCUUCAGCCACUCUUCACUACAACUCAGUGCUGGCCGAUUUGUUCACGUUCCGAUAAUAAUAGGUACAAAUUCCGAUGAGGGUACUUCCUUCAGUCCAACAGGAUUGAACACAACCCAAGACUGGCUCAAUGCGCUUAAUGCCUCCCGAAUUCCCAGCGAGUUUGCGCAACAGAUUUUGCAAGCUUACGCGGAUGAUACCUCGGUCGAGAUACUUCAAAACCUUCCACCAAACUAUGAACUCGGUCCUCCAUUGGGGGCAGAGUAUCGACGCGCUGCAACGUACUAUGGGGAUGCCACCUUCAUCGCUGGCCGGCGUCUAGCCUGCGAAACUUGGGCAGCGGCAGGGCUUCCAGCCUACUCUUAUCGCUUCAACGCCAUCCCCGCGUGGUCUCAUCAAGAACAAGGAGCAACUCAUUUUGUGGAAGUCGCGUUCGCCAUGCUAAAUCUCCAAGGUGUGGGUUACCCGCCUGUUCGCAUACCGCCAUUCCAGGGUAAACCAGAGAGUUACAAAGACUUGGCGAGGCUGAUGAGCGGUCAUUAUGUAAGUUUCGUGGCGAGCUUCGAUCCCAAUGCCUGGAGAUCAGGCUCAAACGCGGGUCCAUUUUCCGCUGUGGCUCCAUGGCCCGCCUAUAGUCUGACCAAUCCACAAAAUUUUGUGUAUGAUGCCAAUGUCACCAGCCACCUGGAAAGCGAUACCUGGAGGGCUGCAGGAAUUAACCUCAUCAACAGUGGGAAUCUGGCCGUGUAUGACCGAUAG